AAAAUAUUAGUAUACUACAACCGCUUUUAAGUAAUCUAGAACAAAGAUAUAAUGAAUGGCCAGAACAUCAACAGGCUGUGGUACGAGAAACAUUAAAUGACAUGAUCAACUCUCCAUCAAUAGUCUUGCAAAACCCCAAUGUUGUAUAUGCUAAGGGACGUUCUACUAGUGCCACUAAUAAUUAA